CAAUAAAAUGGGUGUGGUUGAAUCGCGAAUAUGUGAUUCUACGUGUUUCUGGUGCAGACCGAAUGCUUCCAUGUGGGAUUGAAUAAACGGCAGAGUGAGCGCAUUUUUUUUAACAUUAUUUAGAAAACAACUGUACUGUUAUUCAUGUUGAAUUCACCCCGCCUCCUGUUCUGGCACAGUGACAUUUGAACUGAUGGGUGGGUUAUACGCUCCACCAAAGAGAUAGCCAGCCAAGUCGAUGUUGGUUACUUUAUUUUAAUUACUUUGACGGGCCACAGGAUCUAUGUCGUCGCAUUUGAUUUAAUUUCAUUUUCUGGACGAGGUCAAAUAAACCAAACAGGACAAACGAAGGAGGAAGACAUUUGGGAGGAAAGAGGCGAAGAUCCACCAACACACUAUAAAGACAACGACGGCAGUUACUUAUUUUGAACGUGUAUUUUGACUUAUUUACUCCGUCUAAAGUUGUACUUAACGACAUAUCACCUCACACUGGCGUAAAAAGAAGUGUUUAAAACGGCUAAAUUCAGGAAUACAGCUGUGGGAAAGCCUUGUGUUCGUCUGCUGUAACGUAAACGAUCAGCCAGAGGACCAAACGGUGGCUCUUCAUGAUCAUAUCGGUUUGAUGCAUAAAACACGGAGUCGCCGAGGCCUAACCUGAGCACUGGAAACGAAGCACCAGGAAAGAGUCGACAGAAUGCAGUCCUAAUAAUUCCACCAGAAAAAUUCCCUGCGAAUUACUUCCGCCAACUAAAUUUACUACAGCAUUCCACUCACUUUACGUGGACACCAAAAGCCAAACAGGACGAUUAAAAGCUUCCACCAGCACUGGUACAGUGUAAUUCUAACAGGAAAACAUGCAAAUGAAAACGGUGCCAUUGGUUGAUGAUUUGCAACAUAUUUGGCUGUGAAAAUCCCAUGCAAAACCCAUUUUGAAUGUGCAACUUUAUAUAAAACUUUAGGGAUCUAAGGGAGCGAGAGAGGUCAGAGGGCAAAGGUUAAAGGUCAUUUCAAGAUGAGCGAGCUCGAGCAGCUUCGACAGGAGGCUGAGCAACUGCGGAAUCAGAUCAGAGAUGCCAGGAAAGCAUGUGGAGACUCCACACUCACUCAGAUAACGGCAGGACUGGACCCAGUGGGGCGGAUACAGAUGAGGACGAGGCGCACACUGCGUGGGCAUCUGGCUAAAAUCUACGCAAUGCAUUGGGGCUCAGACUCCAGGCUUCUUGUUAGUGCCUCACAGGAUGGAAAACUUAUCGUCUGGGACAGUCACACUACAAACAAGAUUCACGCCAUCCCAUUACGGUCAUCAUGGGUGAUGACAUGUGCAUACGCUCCAUCUGGCAACUUUGUGGCCUGUGGUGGCCUGGACAACAUUUGCUCCAUAUACAGCUUAAAGACAAGAGAGGGCAAUGUGAGAGUCAGCCGAGAGCUGCCCGGCCACACUGGUUACCUUUCCUGUUGCCGUUUUAUUGAUGACAAUCAGAUCAUCACCAGUUCAGGAGACACAACCUGCGCUCUGUGGGACAUUGAGACGGGUCAGCAGACCACCGUGUUCUCGGGUCACAGUGGAGAUGUGAUGAGUCUGUCACUGGCUCCAGACUCCCGGACCUUCAUCUCUGGGGCCUGUGAUGCUUCCUGUAAGCUCUGGGACAUCAGAGACAGCAUGUGUAGACAGACGUUUAUUGGCCACGAGUCGGACAUCAACGCUGUCUGUUUCUUCCCCAGUGGCAGCGCGUUUGCAACAGGUUCGGAUGACGCCACCUGCAGGCUGUUUGACCUGCGUGCGGAUCAAGAGUUGUGUUUGUAUUCCCACGAUAACAUCAUCUGUGGCAUCACUUCUGUGGCUUUCUCUCGAUCCGGCCGCCUGCUGCUUGCCGGCUACGACGACUUCAACUGUAACAUCUGGGAUGCCAUGAAGGGAGACCGAGCAGGAGUGCUGGCUGGACAUGACAAUCGUGUGAGCUGUCUCGGGGUGACGGAUGAUGGCAUGGCUGUGUGUACAGGUUCCUGGGACAGUUUCCUAAAAAUCUGGAACUGACCACACACACAGCUCACAUCUUACACAUCCAUCAUACACACUGUAUGCACAGUAUGUACUUUACUGUACAUGUGAUGUACACUUACAGACACACAUGCCUGACAUAUACAAGUACUGUACAUAAUAUAUAUAUAUAUAAACUAUUCGUUUACACCAAAUCUUUUCAGUGCCACAUAAUUCUAUACAUAUAUUGCGAGUCACACCAUAGGCAAGUUUUAAACAAGAAUGUUUACACGCGCACACUUUUUUCUUGACUUAAGGUUUGCUGGAUGUAUACAGUACGUUGACUCACAACAUGACUCAAGUGUAUUUGGAGGAAUGCGUGCUAAGUGAGUCUCACAUGUGUGCCGUUUGAGCAUACAAUCCCAAAAAAACACACUCAAAAUGUUUGACAUGUUUUUGAUCAUUUUGUCCUCUACAUUCAAAAAUAAGCCUUCAGUGCUGAUGUUUCCAUCGAUCAUGUAGAGUUUAAAAGAUAAAAGCCUGAGGAAGACUGAAGUUGCCCACCAGAACAUAUUCAAGCUGAAACGAAACCCACUCUAUAUAGUUUGUUUUUAUAAAUGCGUAUGCCAGCAUAUCACAGUAUAUAAGUAAAUAUAUGAUGUGUUUGUCUUCAAUUUUUGUUUCUUUUUGACAUUUUUAAAUGCUUAUUUUAUUCAUUUCCAUGUGUGCCACACCUUGAGAAUAAACAAAACUGAAAAAAAAAUGUGUGUGUGUCACUAAUUGUGUGUUCACAGGUGAACACAUUUUCAUAAUGCACCAUGCAAAUCACGUUCAUUAGAAUUUACUCAUAUGGUCUAUUGUUCCCAUCAUAUAGGGGCGGUUUCCUGGAAAAGGAUUAUAUUAAGCCAGGAAUAGGCCAUAGAUAAAUUAGGAUAUUUAAGUCAUUAUAAAAAAACAAACUUUACAAAAAACAUCACUGUGUGCAUCUUGAGACAAAACAAUGGCAGUGAUAUAUAUUUUAAGAUGUCAGUGCAAGCUGUUUCCGAUCAAGACACCUUAGUCUGGGACUAGGCUUGAACCAUGUCUGGGAAACCGCCCCAUAAUCUUCAGAAAGCAUGUUUUUUAGAAGGGGCCGUCCCAAUAGUUUUUUGUCCU